AUGAACGAAACCCAAAUACAUCCAUCCAGCCCGCUUGUGAGAAUGGAAACUCUGCAUAGUUUGUGUUAUCAGAAUAAUAACAAUGGCAGCCCAAGCAUGGCACAGCAGCAGCGCAAUCAUCAGAUUCCUCUUGCAAGCUAUUUGAAUCAUCGAAAUCACGAUUCAAAUCAGAAUCAUCAUCUUUCUCAGCAGAAUCAGCUUCCAUCACAGCCACAGUCACAGUCACAGUCACAGCUGCAGCAAUUGCAACUCUUGCAAUCCUUGCAAUCCUUGCAAUCCUUACUGCAACAGCCACAGCCACAGAUUCAUCAGAAGCACCCUCAAGAGUUCAAUGCUCAAUCCUUGUUUGGUGGUCAGCAAAGAACACAAACACAAGCAACACCAACAACAACACCAACAACAACAACAACAAUGAACACAUUACCAGCAUCAUGGCAGCUUCAUGAUUCCCUGAGGCCAAUCCUAAAUGGGCUUUCUCCUUCUUCUCUGGCUGCUUUGAGUCCAGAGCUGCAAUCUCAAUUGCUCCUAUGUCUUGCCAAUCCUAGUAAGAAUAGCACGGACCUCUUUCGAGCCCUUGAAAAACAAAGCGUUUUGGAGCGAGCCAGAGCACUGAACGAAAUGGAAAUUCGAAGGGCUCUGGAACGAGAACAUCAACAACAAUUGCAACAGCAGCAACAACAACAAGCUUUUAUUCCUACUCUCACAUCUAGGAGAUUGUCACCGUCCUCGGAUGAGAACAAGUCAGACAACUCUCAAGCUGAUCAUCAUUCUAGAGCCCAGUCCUCAUCUGCAUCCGCCGCCGCCUCCUUGCCCUUUUCCACUAUUGGCGGCGAAAGCGUGACGGAUUUGAGAAUGGUUCAAGACAGCACUUGGGAAUCUCGCUUUAAAGAUCUCGUGCAGUUCAAACAAGAACAUGGACACUGCAAUGUACCCAGACGAUACAAAGCUAACCCCAAACUUGGUGUUUGGGUCUGCAGUAUUCGUCAGCAAAUGGCCCGAGGAACUCUCAACAAGGCCAAGAUGGAGCGUUUAAACGAACUUGACUUUCAGUGGCGAAUCACCGUCAUCAAGGGAGGCCAGAUCAAUCCUCAAAUCGCCAACCGAAACAAGAGUAGUAGUAGUGAUCCAUGGAUGGAACACUUUCAACACCUCAAAUCCAUCAAGGAGCGUACUGGAGAGUGCUCUCCUCCUGUCCCCGCUACCACCCAUCGCAAGUUGACCAAGUGGAUGGACAGACAACGAAGGGAAAGGAACAAGGGUAGGCUAUCGAAGGAAAAGCAAAAAAAGUUGAAUUCGAUUGGUUUCCAAUGGAACGUGGUGCCAGAUGGAAAACGAAGAGCACCACCACCACCACAACAACAACAACGAGAUGAAGAAGGUAGCGAGGCCAAGAUGAUAUCCGAUGAUGAUUGUCCUAGUGAAGGAUCUUCUGUACGUUUUUAA